GUAAACGUUGCAUGAGGAGCGCUGUUGCCAUGCUGUUGCCUCAAGUUACGGAAAUCAACAGAGUGUCCGCUUUCGACGAAUCAUGAAUUGUUUCGUGCAGUGUUUAACGUGUAUACCCUGACAUUUGUUUCUAGAGUGCCUGUUCAUAUUUAUUUAUUAAUCUAUCUCCGCCUUAUCCGGCUCCGUUCAUCAUCGUUCGACAUGAAGUGUCACUACGAAGUUCUCGGGGUGUCCAAAAACGUCACCCCCGAGGAGUUGAAACUUUCCUACCGAAAGCUCGCGUUGCUGUGGCAUCCAGAUAAGAACCCAGACAAUCUUCAGGAGGCGACUGAGCAGUUCAAGCUCAUCCAGCAGGCCUAUGACGUGUUGAGCGAUCCCCAGGAACGGGCCUGGUAUGACAAGCACCGUGAUGCCAUACUCAAAGGAGGUCUUGGCAGUGACUACAAGGAUGACAGUCUGGACGUCUACUGCUACUUCAACUCCUCCUGUUUCAGUGGUUAUGGGGAUGACGAGAAGGGGUUUUACGCGGUGUUUCGGGACGUCUUUCAAAGAAUUGCUGCGGAGGAUGAACCCUACCACGACGAGCCCGUGGUUGUGCCGGGAUUCGGAAGCAGCACCAGCCCGUACGAUGAGGUCGUUGGUCCGUUUUACGGCCACUGGCAAAGCUACUGCACGGCACGGACGUUUGCCUGGCUCGACCAGUAUGACGUUCGAACGGCACCGAACAGGCGAGUGGCACGGCUCAUGGAACGGGAGAACCGCAAGGUGCGAGAUGCUGCCCGACGGCAGCGCAACGAGGAAGUCAGGCAAUUGGUUCAGUUUGUCCGGAAGCGAGACCGGAGGGUUCAGAGGAGAAAGAAAGAGCUCGAGGAGAAGGCUGCGGAGAGUGCUCGGAAAUCUGAGGCCAAGCGAGUGCAGAGGAUUUUAGAGCAGAAAAAAGCUAUGGAGAAUUACGAGGAGUCCGAGUGGUGUUCCAUGGCGCAGCUCGAAGUCCAGCUGAAGGACAUCGAGGCGCAGCUGGACUCGCAGUUUGGCGAGGAAAACAAUGCACAAUCCGGCGGGGCCACAGAACAGCCAGCAGAGAAUGGUGUAGACUCUGCGUCCGAUGACUCUGAGGAUGAAGACCCAGAUGAACUUUACUGUGUGGCCUGUGACAAGUGCUUUAAGUCUGACAAAGCGUUUGCCAACCAUGAGAAGUCAAGGAAGCACAAAGAAAACGUGCAGUUCCUCAAGGAAGCAAUGCAGGAGGAAGAGGCACAGUUUGCUGGCACAGCAACCCAGUCUGAAGAGACUGCCACUGCCGAAGCUCAAGAUGCGGGAGACAGCGUGGAAACGAAGCCCCCAAAGACGAAGCAUAAAAAGAAAUCUAGAAAGUAAAAAAGCAUUCAAAUUCUGACAA